GAGCGAUAUGACUUUACACGGAUACAUUUAAACUGCCUCUCUGCUCAUUGAAUAUCCUUCAAAUGGAAAGGAAGGAUAUUUAAAAGCAACUUGCAACCCUGGUUUAUUAUUAAGUAUUUGCGUUGUACCAUUACAUCUCCUUUAAUACAGGUCACAAUGGGAUUACGCACACUUGGCACGCCACUUUACGCAUAUGCGUGCGUCUACAUUUUGGUUUCCAUCCUGCAAACUGCACAGUCUCAGACGAAUCCGGGGACUCAACAAGGGAACAACCAAAGAGCGGCUCUCCGGCAGACACUACAGUGGGCCCACAACGGUAAGGUGUUUAGCAUUUUAAGCCAGGGGUCGCAGUACCAGCCCGGGAGGCGCAGGGGCGCAGCGCAGCAACAAGUGCAGGCGCAACCUCUCACCAUCAUCCGAGAUGCGGACGUGACACAUCAGGAACCCCGGAGCCAGCCGGUGGCCCCGCAGUCCCCCGGGCCGGCGUCCAGCCCACAAAGCUCCCGCGGGCUCCCGCUGCCGCUCCAAAGGCUCGCAAGGGGGCACGAGCACCGCCAGCAUCACCGCGACGGGGCCGGUGAGCGCACGGGGACGCAGAGGAGCAGCAAUGAGACUCAGGAAAAGCCCAGUGUCAGUCCACCUCUGCCCCGGAGAGAAGACAUGAUGGUGGGGGAUGAUCCAUACGACCCUUACAAGUCCACCGAUCAUAAUCACUAUGACGUGUAUGAGAGACCGAGGCAGAGAUCUAGACCCGGAUAUGGCACAAGGAAUCACCAGUACGGUCUGCCUGAUCUGGUACCUGACCCGUACUACAUUGAAUCCUCUUCUUAUGUCCAGAGAGUCCCAAUGUACAACCUGAGAUGUGCAUCUGAGGAGAACUGUUUGUCAAGCUCGGCCUAUUCAGGCAGUGUGAGAGAUUAUGACACCCGCAUGCUGCUGAGGUUUCCCCAGAGAGUGAAGAACCAGGGGACAGCGGACUUCCUCCCCAGCAGGCCACGUUACUCCUGGGAGUGGCACAGCUGUCACCAGCACUUCCACAGCAUGGACGAGUUCAGCCACUACGAACUGCUGGACGCCUCCACCCAACAAUCGGUGGCUGAGGGCCACAAGGCUAGCUUCUGCCUGGAGGACACUUCCUGUGACUACGGCUACUACAGGAGAUUUGCCUGCACCUCACAUAGCCAGGGUCUGAGCCCAGGAUGUUAUGAUACCUACAACGCAGACAUCGACUGCCAGUGGAUCGACAUCACAGAUGUGAAGGCUGGAGACUAUAUCCUGAAGAUCAAUGUAAAUCCCAACUAUCAUGUCCCAGAGUCAGACUACAGCAACAACGUUGUGCGCUGUGCUGUCCAGUACACCGGCAACUACGCCCACGUCUCAGGAUGUCACCUGUCAUCGUAUUAAGAGUCCUUCACAGCAACUCAGCGAGAUGUACUGUAAUUGACAAUGCAGAGGACUGCAUAUAAAACAACACGAAACACAUCUUAAUAAUACAUUUUAUAAUUUUUAAAUACUCAACAUUUUUGAAAUAAGGACUAUCCUACGUCAUGGUGCCAGUAAAACGUUUUUUCUCCACACUGAUAGGUCUAUUCUUAUCUCCUAUUUCUCUACACAUGUUUAAAUGUCUUACUUCUUUUGCAUUGUACUGUAUUCUCUGCAUUUUAUACCACUUGUAAGAUCGUUAAGGAAUUAAAUCCAUGAUAUUUAGAAGCUUAGCAAGUUAAAAAUGUAAACCAGUUUACCCUUGUUGAUAAUUCAACAUGAAUUAUAUAUCACUAUUUGAAAUGAACUGUAAAGGAAAAUGUAUUUGUAUAUUUAUAUGCAAUGGAUGAAACUCUCUUUACUCCAAAGCUUUUGUUGAAACUGAGUUGAAUAAAACUUUGUGACACUGUA